GGUGGGCGUGGCUCACCUGCUCUCUCUCUCCCCCCCCAGGGUGGACGUGGCUCACCUGCUGCUCUACCACCUGAGCGUCUGCUGCAAGAGGAAAUACUUCGACCUGGAGCGCGAGAUCCUGCCCUUCGCCAACUCCAACUGGGGAGCGCUGCGCCUGGGCACGCUCUCGGCCACGCCGCGCUCGCAGCGCUACGGGCGCCUGCUGGGGCGCGUCAGCAGCCACAAGGACAGGUUCGUCUCGGGCCGGGAGAUGAAGAAGCGCCGGGGGCUCUUCGGGCUGCAGAGCCGCGCCCCUCCCCCCCUGCCCCCCGAGCUGCUGCGGGGCCGCCCCUCCCCCCCCCGGGGGAUUUAA